GAGCUCGGCGGCUGCGCACGCAGCUCCUUGAUCCGACGGUACCGUUCGCCUGUCCCAGCUCUUCCUUUAAAAGAGGUUCCUGUCACCACCCAGGACACGAGAACGAAAAGUGAAAAAAAGCAGGCACGCCACGCCACGCCACGUCCCAGUGGAACUCACAGAUGGAUAGGGGGAGAACACCUCUGCAUUAAAUCACAUCACAACUUGGAGCGACACUGGAAGGACAAUCGUGUAUGGUUUCCCCGGGGAAGGGGACAGGGACACUCGGGCUGAAAGUUGAAUGGCAAACAGUACGCCAACAGGAGUUAGUGUGCAAAGACCUCUGGGAGAGAAAAUCUAGCCCGUAAGAAUAUGAGAGGAAUAAAGAAGCCUACAAAGUUGGAAUCUCAGACCUCAACUUAAUGUCCACUCUUACAAAAUAACAAGACUUAGAACAUUUUAUCAGCAAAAUUUCAGUUUUGUUAUGAGUUGCUAAAAUCAUGGUGAAAUGUUGCUCAGCCAUUGGAUGUGCUUCACGCUGCUUGCCAAAUUCCAAGUUAAAAGGACUGACAUUUCAUGUAUUCCCCACAGAUGAAAAUAUCAAAAGAAAGUGGGUAUUAGCCAUGAAAAGACUAGAUGUGAAUACUGCAGGCAUUUGGGAGCCUAAAAAAGGAGAUGUGCUAUGUUCAAGGCACUUCAAGAAGACAGACUUUGACAGAAGCACUCCAAACACUAAGCUGAAACCAGGAGCCAUCCCUUCUGUCUUUGAAUCCCCUUAUCACUUGCAGGAGAAAAGAGAAAAACUUCAUUGUAGAAAAAACUUCAUUCUCAAAACCCUUCCUGUCACUAACCAUGGCCACCAGCUUGUUGGAGCCUCAUGCAUUGAAGAAUUCCAACCCCAGUUCAUUUUUGAACAUAGCUACAGUGUUAUGGACAGUCCAAAGAAACUUAAGCAUAAAUUAGAUCAUGUGAUCAUCGAGCUAGAGAAUACCAAGGAAAGCCUACAGAAUGUUUUGGACCGAGAAAAACAUUUUCAAAAAUCAUUGAGGAAGACAAUCAGGGAAUUAAAGGAUGAAAGUCUGAUCAGCCAGGAAACAGCCAAUAGACUGGAUGCUUUCUGUUGGGAAUGUUGUCAUGAAAGCACAGGAUGAGACUGUAUUUUGUGAAGUCAUUUCUUAAAUGUUCCAUCUGCAGUUGACAUGAUAAUGCUUCUUAGAAGAUUCUCCCACACCGCCACUCAGUCCUGUCAGCAGUGACAGCUUUAUGCAAGCCAAAAACUUGUUAAAGAUGUGCAGAAAGGUGGUGUGGUCAUUCUCUUGUGUGACUUGUGACAAUUAUAUUUUUACAGGCCUAAACUAGUACUGGGUCACUACUGUACAGUGGUUAAAUCUCACAAAAGUCAGGAAAUAUAUCAAGUUGGCCACAUUAAGUUCUGGCAAUUAGAAAGAACAACCUACGUUUACUUGUAUGUUUCAUAGUAAAUUGUGAUUCUAAUUUUAAAUAUUUUACUAUAAAGCAGAAUUUGUUUACAACACAUGUUCAUCUUGCACCCACCCCAAGGUGCUUUCGUUAUUAAUCAUACUACAGAGUAUUCUUUUUAAUGAGACACUCGGUAGCACUGACCCUGAGAAUAACACAUGGAAAAGACUUACUGCCUUUUUAGUUAAAGGAGACCACUGACAGGGUGCCAGUUGUCUGGUAUAGUGUGCCAUUCCUCCUCACAGGGACUAGUCUGAUGUAAACCAUAAAGAAUAGCUUUAGCCAGGCGGUGGUGGCGCACGCCUUUAAUCCCAGCACUUGGGAGGCAGAGAGGCAGGUGAAUUUCUGAGUUCGAGGCCAGCCUG